AAAUCCUGUUUAUUUCACAAAUCACCCGGAACUUCUUCCUCGAAUGCGAGCAAUUUUGUUGGACUGGUUAUCGGAGGUCUGUGAACUUCACCAUCUACACAAACAGACGUACAGCUUGGCCCUGGACUAUGUCGACAGGUACCUGAGUGUUACUAAAGAUGUUCCCAAGGAGCAGCUGCAGCUGGUUGGUGUCUCAGCUUUGCUUCUAGCUUCCAAACUGGAGGAAAUCUACCCACCCAAACUGACAGAUUUUGCAUACAUGACCGACAGUGCUUGUACAGAACAAGAUAUCAUUAGACAAGAGAUGAUCAUGUUGAAGGCGCUGAAGUGGGACUUAACUCCGAUGACAACAAAUGCAUGGUUGGGAGUGUAUCUACAGGUGGCCAACAUUGAACAUCUUACAGAUGAUCAUCUGGGUUUUGUCUUUCCCCAGUUCUCCACACACGCCUUUAUCCAGCUAUCCAGGUUGUGUGACCUCAGCCUUUUGGAUUAUGGCUCGAUGCAUUUCCGCUACAGCAUCAUCGCAGCAACAGCCUUGUACCACCACACAGGUGAAAAUCUGGUAGAAGAAGUCACAGGUUUCAAAUGGGAAGAUAUUUACUGCUGUGUCAAGUGGAUGGCCCCAUUUGCUCGGGCUAUGCUGGAAGUUGGUCAGACCUCUGUCAAAUUCUUCUCCAAGGUCAAGCCGGAAGACUGCCAUAAUAUACAAACACACAAUGUGGGCUUGGGUUUACUGGGAAGGGCCUUGUCUCAUCAGGUUGUUUACAGAGAAAAGGAACGGCUGGUACCAUGUUCCGUGGAUCUGUCUGCUCAGCUUGUGGCACUUCUGGUGCCCCCUGAUUCUGAUGAUGAUGAUGAUGAAACUACCAAUGUCUCUAUGGAUGAUGAUGAUGAAGAAGAAGAAAAAGAAACAAACAGCAGUAAUUAA